AAAGCUACGAUCUUCACUUCAUCCAUCUUUCCCCCCUUUCCCUCCGAUUCUCGGACCUUCAAAGAAUCCCCCAAAAUCAAAUCUUCUAACUUCCGAUUCACACUUAUUUCAAAGGAAAAUCUUCUGCAAUUUCCACAAAAUUAUGGGGAAAGACGAGGACGAUAUGCGAGGUGAGAUAGAGGAGAGGCUCAUCAACGAAGAAUACAAAAUUUGGAAAAAGAACACACCGUUUUUGUACGAUUUGGUCAUCACGCACGCGCUAGAGUGGCCUUCGCUCACCGUGGAAUGGCUCCCGGACCGUGAUGAGCCCGCAGGAAAAGACUAUUCCGUCCAGAAGUUAAUCCUUGGGACCCACACAUCCGAGAAUGAGCCUAAUUACCUCAUGCUAGCCCAGGUUCAGUUACCGCUUGAAGAUGCUGAGUACGAUGCUCGUCAUUAUGAUGAUGACCGCUCUGAUUUUGGGGGGUUUGGUUGCGCCAAUGGCAAGGUGCAAAUAAUCCAGCAAAUAAAUCAUGAUGGAGAGGUAAACAGGGCUCGUUAUAUGCCUCAAAACCCUUUCAUUAUUGCCACAAAAACAGUGAGUGCAGAAGUCUAUGUUUUUGAUUAUAGCAAACAUCCAUCAAAGCCUCCUCUAGAUGGAGCAUGUAGCCCUGAUUUAAGAUUGAGAGGCCACAACACUGAAGGAUAUGGCUUAUCAUGGAGUAAAUUCAAACAAGGGCAUUUGUUGAGUGGCUCUGAUGAUGCUCAAAUUUGCUUGUGGGACAUUAAUGGAACUCCCAAGAACAAAUCACUCGAUGCUAUGCAAAUAUUUAAGGUUCAUGAUGGUGUUGUAGAAGAUGUAGCAUGGCAUUUAAGGCAUGAAUAUUUAUUUGGUUCAUGUGGAGAUGAUCAAUACUUACACAUAUGGGAUUUGAGAUCUCAAUCUGUUAACAAACCUGUUCAAAGUGUAAUGGCUCAUCAAAGUGAGGUCAACUGCUUAGCAUUCAAUCCUUUUAAUGAAUGGGUUUUAGCAACCGGGUCAACCGACAAAACUGUCAAACUGUUUGACUUACGAAAAAUCACCACUGCCCUUCAUACCUUUGAUUGUCACAAGGAGGAGGUGUUUCAAGUUGGAUGGAAUCCACAGAAUGAGACAAUUUUAGCUUCUUGUUGUCUUGGGAGGAGACUUAUGGUGUGGGAUCUUAGUAGGAUUGAUCAGGAACAAACACCAGAGGAUGCAGAAGAUGGGCCACCAGAGCUGUUGUUUAUUCAUGGUGGACAUACAAGUAAAGUAUCAGAUUUCUCAUGGAAUCCAUGUGAAGAUUGGAUUGUUGCAAGUGUUGCAGAAGAUAAUAUUCUUCAAAUAUGGCAGAUGGCUGAAAAUAUUUACCACGAUGAAGAUGAUAUGCCAGCUGAGGAAUCUCGAGGUGCUUGAGUUUCUACAUGUGAAAAAUCAAUCUCUCUCUCUCUCUCUCUCUCUCUCUCUCUCUCUCUCUCUCUCUCUCUAAAACCAUCAAACUUAACUGUAUGAUGAUAUGAACAAGUGUAGGAGUGUUUUUUUGCUUAAUUCAAGACAUGUUUUAUUCUAUGGCUUUAUGCUUAUGUUUGUGUUAUAAAAGAUACACGGUUAGUUGUCA